AUGCCUUGGACCCAGAAGUUUCAGUUUUCUGAGCAAGCCGAGAUGUUAUUUAAAAUCAGGCCACUAAUAGCAGAACCAGGUUGUCGAAGAUCAGCUUCCCACUCUGGAGUCACAGCUUGCGUGAGCACUUACUCUGUCCUGAGCCCAGUCUUUGGUGCUCAGGAUGCAGCAGCGCCCCAGACAGUGCCCUCUCCUUCAUGGGCUUAUGAUGGACAGCAGAAACAGGUCCUUCAGAAGCUGGGGAAAGCUGAUGAAACAAAAGAUGAACAGUUUGAAGAAUAUGUCCAGAAUUUCAAACGACAAGAGGCAGAGGGGACCAGACUUCAGCGAGAACUCCGAGGCUAUUUAGCAGCAAUCAAAGGCAUGCAAGAGGCCUCAAUGAAGCUCACCGAGUCACUGCAUGAAGUCUAUGAGCCCGACUGGUACGGGCGCGAAGAUGUGAAAAUGGUUGGCGAGAAGUGUGAUGUUCUGUGGGAAGACUUCCAUCAGAAACUAGUGGAUGGAUCCUUGCUGACACUAGACACCUACCUGGGACAGUUUCCUGACAUAAAGAACCGCAUCGCCAAGCGCAGCCGAAAGCUGGUUGACUACGACAGUGCCCGCCACCACCUCGAAGCUCUGCAGAGCUCCAAGCGGAAGGACGAGGGCCGGAUCUCUAAGGCAGAAGAGGAAUUUCAGAAAGCACAGAAAGUAUUUGAAGAGUUUAAUGUUGAUUUACAAGAAGAGUUACCAUCAUUAUGGUCAAGACGAGUUGGAUUUUAUGUCAAUACUUUCAAAAACGUCUCUAGCCUUGAGGCCAAGUUCCAUAAGGAGAUUGCAGUGCUCUGCCACAAACUGUAUGAAGUGAUGACGAAACUGGGCGACCAGCACGCCGACAAGGCCUUCACCAUUCAAGGCGCUCCCAGCGAUUCCGGUCCUCUUCGCAUUGCAAAGACGCCAUCACCCCCUGAGGAGCCUUCACCUCUCCCGAGCCCCACGGCCAGUCCUAAUCAUACCCUGGCACCUGCAUCUCCUGCACCAGCGCGGCCAAGGUCACCUUCACAGACAAGGAAGGGGCCUCCUGUCCCACCUCUGCCCAAAGUCACCCCCACCAAGGAGCUGCAACAGGAGAACAUCAUCAAUUUCUUUGAGGACAACUUUGUUCCAGAAAUCAGUGUGACAACACCGUCUCAGAACGAAGUCCCCGAAGUGAAGAAAGAGGAGACUUUGCUCGACCUAGACUUUGACCCUUUCAAGCCGGAGGUUGCACCUGCGGGUUCUGCGGGAGUGACCCACUCCCCCAUGUCUCAGACAUUGCCCUGGGACCUAUGGACGACAAGCACUGAUUUGGUACAGCCGGCUUCCGGUGGUUCAUUUAAUGGAUUCACCCAGCCUCAGGACACUUCAUUGUUCACAAUGCAGACAGACCAGAGCAUGAUCUCCAACUUGGCUGAAUCUGAACAGGCUCCACCCACAGAGCUGAAAGCAGAGGAGCCCUCUGCAGCUGCCACACCUGCUGCUGGACUGGACCUUGGACUGGAUGCUCGGGCAGAGGAGCCAGUAGAGGAAGCAGCGAUGGUCCCUGGAACUGAGGCUGAGGCGGCUGGUGGAGCCCUGGUGUCAGCAGUCGAGGGGGCCCCAGUGGAAGCAGCAGAGGCAGAGAAGGCAGCUGUCCCUACUGAGGAAGGAGAAAGUUUGGAGGAGGCCAGAACUGAAACCGAAGCCAUGGAGACUGUAGAUAGUGACAGACCUCAACCAGAAGAGGCAGAAGCAGCAGCACCUCAGGAGAAGGUCAUCCCUUCUGUGGUGAUAGAGCCAGCCUCCAACCACGAAGGGGAGGGAGAACACGAAGGUGCAGAGCCCAAAGAAGCCCCCGAAGACGCAGCCCCUGCAAGCCCCGAGUCUGCGGAGCAGAAGCCGCCGGAGGACGCUGUGCUGGCGGCCUCUGCACCUGCUGGAGCCUCGGAGCAGCCAGCAGGAGCGGCCUCUCAGGAAUGGCCUCCUGGCUUCCUCUACAAGGUGGAAACACUGCAUGAUUUUGAGGCAGCAAAUUCGGAUGAACUCACUUUACAAAGGGGCGAUGUGGUGCUGGUGGUCCCCUCGGAUUCAGAAGCCGACCAGGACGCAGGCUGGCUGGUGGGAGUGAAGGAAUCAGACUGGCUCCAGUACAGAGACCUCACCACCUACAAAGGCCUCUUCCCAGAGAACUUCACUCGGCGCCUGGAGUAGGGCAACAAGUAUUGCAGAAAGCUCAACGCCUGGGUUUUUAACCUCGUGAAAACCUGAAGGGUUCACUUUUGCUAUCACACUCUUCCCGAGUUACCGACUGAUGCCAGACAACGCUUGAGAAGAUGUAUCCAUGGAGCAUGUGUGCAAGAAAUGUCAGAAAAAACGUAAAUCCAGGAAAAAGUCCUCUCUCGUUCCCAUGUUGUUGAUAGCAGGUUGUUUGUGCUUUGUCCGAGCUGUGGAGACUCUCGUAUUGUUCCCCUCCUGCCAGUUCUAAAGUAGCUUUCUCCAGACCAGACCUUAAACUCUCUGCAGCAAGUGGUGCCGAGCAGCUGCCCUGCGAAGGGGCCAUGAGUUAGAGAGAUUAUUUGACUCCCUUGCCCGGUGUGAGCACAUGCGCUCCCUCCCUUUCAGGUUUACUGUGUUUAAAAUUAAACUGCUGCAAAAGUUUUCAAUGUUAUUUUCCAACACACCUAUCUGUGUGCGUGUGGAUAUGUACACACACACGCCAUCACACACUAGUUCCCAUGACCGCUGAUCUAUGUGUAUGCGGAAGGGACAUAUACAUAGCUGCUUUCUUCCCUUUCCAUCCUAGCGUUGCCUCCAGUGUCAUGAUACAUGCAUUGCCCGUUCUCUCGGCAUGACAGUUGCCGUUUUGCCUCAAGGCAGAACCAGCCAUCCCAUUGCCAAAACAGUCGGCAGUUUGUGUUUGUAUCGUGCGGUUUUCGGGAUGAGAUGAUGACUUGCACGCCCGAGCUGUCGCCCCGUCCGAGAAAGCAGAGCCUGGCUCCCCCUGGGCGGCCACCGCCACUGCAGCUGGGGGUAGUCUUGUCCGGAUGUGCAGCAGUCUUCACUUCGGCCUUUCUGAGAUUGGCUAGAAGACGGGGCGUAUUAAUUCACCCCCAAAAGAACAC